AUGUGUCCAUAUGCACGAUUCAACAGAGGCUACAACUACAUACUCACAGUUAUCGAUGUGUUGAGCAAGUAUGCGUGGGCUGUACCGCUCAAGACCUCGGUCGUGGAACGAUUCAACCGAAUGUUAAAGAACAAUACGUGGAAAAUGUUUACGCUUAAUGGAAAUUACAAGUGGAUCGACGCCUUGUCCCGGCACGUUGGAGAGUACAAUGCGCGAAAACAUCGCACUAUCGGUAUGAGACCUAUCGAUGUUACCCCCGCGAUCGCCGAUAAACUUUUAAAUAUCGUAAACAGCAACGUAAAGAUUGCGGCACCGGCAAGAUUCAAAGUAGGCGACCCGGUACGCGUGAGUAAAGUCAAGACCAUCUUUAAGAAAGGUUACACGCCAAAUUGGUCGACCGAAGUGUUUAAGAUCGUAAAAGUGCAGAAAACUAAUCCCGUGACCUAUGUACUCAAAGAUUCGCGCGGAAAUCCCAUCGCCGGCGGAUUUUACGAAUACGAGUUACAACGCGUUGCUAAUCCCGACGUACAUCUCGUGGAAAAGGUGAUACGCAAAAAGGAUGACAAGGUUUAUGUGAAAUGGCUGGGAUUUGAUGCAACACACAACUCUUGG